AUGAAGUGUCAUCAAGGUUCUAACGGUCCGGGUGGCUCUCUCACUGCCGUUAGGAAUGCCGCCCCUAUUCUACGACCUAAAGCCGUUAUAUCUGUUGGGGCAUGCAGUGGUCUCAACCCUGACAAAACCAAGUUAGGUGACGUUGUUGUAUCAGCCAAACUAACAACAUAUGCAUCCAAAGUAGUGACAAGCGACCAAGAGCAGUGGGCUGGUAUUAGCAGUUACGUGAGCAGACGCUUUCUUAACAUCAUCACGAAUUGCGCUGAUGGGUGGCAACCACCAUUGAAGAACCCAGAAGAUCGCCGCAUCAACGUUCAUAACAAUGGCGAGUUCUUAAGUGGUCCCGAGCAGAUCAAAGCAGAAUGGAGGUGA